GAGCCGGAGCCGGAGCCGCAGCCGCUGCCGCCGCUGCUGACAGCGGCCCGAGUAAACAAGCACGGCUGCCGCGGCCGGGCGGCCCUUGCAGUCCUCCCUGCCUGCGAGCCCGGCCCCUGCUCGGGCCGAGCCCGGAGCCAGCGUCGCGGGCUGGAGCCACCGCCGCCGCCGCCGCCGCCGAGGCGCUGAGCUUCCCCGCGAGGCGCCGCUGCUCCAGCGCCGCCGAGACGGACCCGGGCGCCGGAGCCCGAGCCGAGGCCGCCGCCGCCGUCACCGCCUGGGGCUUCGUGCACGGCGGGCCGGGGCCCUGCGCCCUGUGCUCCCACCCGGAAAAGUUUCCGCAGCCCGAGCUCCCUGGGAGCUAGUGGCCCUGAGUCCUGCUCCAUCUGGCCCUCCUUGGCUUGGCCACAUGCCCCCACCCACCCACCCCAGGGCUCAGCACACCGAGCAAGAGCCUGGGACCAAAGCCAUUCUGACCAGGCACAGGCACUGAACAUAUAAGAGGGAAGUGGGAUUCCCCGGGCUCUGCCCGCCCACCCCAUGGAGCUGAGGCCCUGGUUGCAGUGGACUGUAGUGGCAGCUUUGAUUCUGUUGGUUGGAGAGGUCCUCACCCAGAAGGUUUACACCAACACCUGGGCAGUGUUUAUCCCAGGGGGCCUAACUGAAGCAGACAGAGUGGCCCGAAAGCAUGGAUUCCUCAACCUGGGACCGAUUUUUGGGGACUAUUACCACUUCUGGCAUCGGGCAGUAGUGAAACGGUCGCUAUCACCCCACCGCCCACGUCACAGCCGCCUACAGAGGGAACCCAAAGUGCAGUGGCUGGAGCAACAAGUGGCAAAGCGUCGGAAGAAGCGGGACAUCUUCAUGGAGCCCACUGACCCCAAGUUUCCCCAGCAGUGGUACCUGUAUGGCAUGAAUCAGCGAGACUUGAAUGUUCGAGGGGCCUGGUCCCAAGGCUACACUGGCCGUGGCAUUGUGGUUUCCAUCCUGGAUGAUGGCAUUGAGAAGAACCAUCCUGAUCUGGAGGGCAACUAUGAUCCUGGCGCCAGCUUUGACGUCAACGACCAGGACCCAGACCCCCAGCCUCGUUACACGCAGAUGAAUGACAACAGGCAUGGCACCCGAUGUGCUGGUGAGGUGGCUGCUGUGGCCAACAAUGGAAUUUGUGGUGUUGGUGUUGCCUACAAUGCCCGAAUUGGAGGUGUGCGCAUGCUAGAUGGAGAGGUGACUGAUGCAGUGGAGGCACGUUCUCUAGGACUAAAUCCCAAUCACAUACACAUCUACAGUGCCAGCUGGGGCCCUGAGGAUGAUGGAAAAACUGUGGAUGGGCCAGCCCGCUUGGCUGAGGAGGCGUUCUCCCGGGGAGUCAACCAGGGCCGUGGGGGUCUAGGAUCGAUUUUCGUCUGGGCCUCAGGCAACGGGGGCCGGGAGCAUGAUAGCUGCAACUGUGAUGGCUACACCAACAGCAUUUAUACCCUGUCCAUCAGCAGCACAACCCAGUUUGGUAAUGUGCCCUGGUACAGUGAAGCCUGCUCCUCCACCCUCGCCACCACCUACAGCAGCGGCAACCAGAACGAGAAACAGAUUGUCACGACAGACCUGAGACAAAAAUGCACGGAUUCGCACACUGGCACCUCUGCCUCUGCCCCCCUGGCAGCUGGCAUCAUUGCCCUCACCCUGGAGGCCAAUAAGAACCUGACGUGGCGUGACAUGCAGCAUCUGGUGGUCCAGACCUCCAAGCCUGCUCAUCUCAAUGCUAAUGACUGGGCUACUAAUGGUGUCGGGCGCAGAGUUAGCCAUUCAUAUGGUUAUGGACUCCUAGAUGCAGGAGCCAUGGUGGCAUUAGCCCGGAAUUGGACGACAGUUGGCCCACAGCGCAAGUGCCUCAUUGACAUCCUCACCGAGCCUACGGACAUAGGGAAACGGUUGGAGGUGCGGAGGAAGGUGACUGCCUGCCAGGGAGAGGCAAAUCAUAUCAAUCGGCUAGAACACGCGCAGGCCCGACUCACCCUGUCCUACAAUCGACGUGGGGACCUGGCCAUUUACCUUGUCAGCCCCAUGGGUACCCGCUCUACCUUGCUCGCUUCCAGACCUCAUGACUACUCAGCUGAUGGGUUUAAUGACUGGGCCUUUAUGACUACCCAUUCCUGGGAUGAGGACCCUGCCGGGGACUGGGUCCUGGAAAUCGAAAACACCAGUGAAGCAAACAACUACGGAACGCUGACCAAAUUCACCCUCGUACUCUAUGGGACAGCCACUGAGGAGCCCGAUCUCGCUACACCAUCUGAAAGCAUCGGCUGCAAGACCCCAGCUUCCAGCCAAACCUGUGUGGUGUGUGAAGAAGGAUUUUCCCUUCACCAGAAGAACUGUGUGCGGCAUUGUCCCCAAGGAUUCAUCUCACAAGCUGUCAACACACAGUAUGGCAUAGAGAACAAUAUGGAGCCCAUCCAUGCCAAUGUCUGUUCCCCUUGCCACCCUUCCUGUGCCACUUGCAAGGGGAUCGAGUCCACAGACUGCCUCAGCUGCCCCAUCUUCUCUGACUAUGACCUGGUGGAGUUGACUUGCACCCAGCAGAGGCAAGCCAGCUUCAAGUCUCCAGAGCUCCCUCAUAAUGAAGGGCUGCUGCCUUCUCACCUCCCUGUAGUUGUUGCAGGCCUGAGCUGCGCCUUUAUUGUUUUGGUUUUCAUCAUUGUCUUCCUAAUCCUUCAGCUACGCUCCGGCUUCAGCUUUCGGGGGGUCAAAGUGUACUCAUUGGACAGUGGUAUCAUAUCCUACAAAGGGCUGCCCCCUGACGCCUGGCAGGAGGAAUGCCCUUCCGAGUCUGAUGAGGAUGAGGUCCGGGGCGAGAGGACUGCUUUCAUCAAGGACCAGAGUGCUCUUUGAUGAGCACCAGAUCUUUUCCUCCCCUUAUCUGACUCUCCUGGUCACACCUUCCACUCCCCUCCUUGGGCACUUUUUAAUUCACCAAAGUAUUUUUUUAUAUCGGGACUUGGGUCAGGUCCCCCAGCCCAGGGGAGGGUAUGGAGUGGUAGAGUCUGCGCACUCCCCUCUCAUGCUAGCUGGGGAGCUCUGAGAUCCUAACCUGCCACCUCCAAAGUGGGGUAGAGGGCUGGGACUCAUACCAGCUUUUCUGUGGGACAAGCUCUGGGGCAGAAGAGGCAGAGGACAAGGGGUAGUCUUAGUCAACACAGGAGCAGAGUCAGUCUUCAAGGCAUUUCCUGUCACCUAGGGAGCUAUGCCAUAUCCCUCCCCUACCCCCAAACCCACCUUUGUUGGAGGAGGAAAUGAGACAUUGGGGCAGUGACUGCCCUCCUUUUCAGUUUCCAGAUGUACUUAGCAUGAGGCUGCUGUGGCAGGGUGGUUUGUGUGGGGAGAGAAGGGAGGGAAAGUAGAUUCUUUGUCACAACCCUCCCUUUUAUAAUUCUUUGGGUACCUCCUGCUUCUCUCUGGCCCAGGCUCUUUCCAGCUGCUUCAGUUCCUUCUAAAGCAAUAAUGGUCCCAAUCCAGCCAGCAGGAGGCACCGGGCAGCUAUCUGGCAUCUGCCUGGGAGUCUGGGAUUACUGGAGGACACCUCUCCAAGGGUUCUUGUUCCCUCCAAUUUUCCAUCCCAGCCUGUGUCCUUCCCCACAAAGCCACAGGCUUUGGUGGCCUGUGCCAUAGAAGUGAUUGUUCUAGGAAGGGACCAAGGAAGGGCAGGUGCUUUCAAGGGUGUGUGUAUGUAUGUAUGUAUGUAUGUAUGUAUGUAUGUAUGUAUGUGUAUGGAUGGAUGGACCCUCCCUUACCCCUGCCUCCGUAUGUGUUCCUGGACCACCCCAUUCCU